AGUGUUGGCAAGCGGGGCAGUGGAGCUGCGCUUGUGGCUGCUGCUGUCAGCUCUUCAGGGUGAGCGCAGUUAGCUCGAUGGCUUUCCAACACAAACACCGCUGCACGGGGAGAUCCGCGGCCGCUCGAAGCUGUCUGUCAUUGUAAGGGCGUUUCUCCUUUUUUAACACCAGCCGAACUAGGAAGUGUGCAGUCUGCACAGUAGUGUUUUCUGGCCACGGUUCACAGCGAAAGGACGAGGACCUGGAAUUGGAGCUAACGUUUGCCAGCUAGCUAACGCUAGCUUGCCAACGCAAUGCUUUUUAAAGAUAACUUCUUCCAGGAAUGGAUCCUCAUAACAUGGAACUAUUUUCCCUUCAUCGGGGGAUCUGCCUCAACCAGGCCUGCAGAUUUACCCCGGAUGAUGUAAGGCACCCCUGCCUGUAGAGCCCAAGAUGACUGAAGUCCAGGCCACGGUGGAGUUCUCUGUGGAGCUCCACAAGUUCUACAACGUGGACUUGUUCCAAAGAGGGUUCUACCAGAUUCGUGCUGGUCUGAAGUUGCCACCCCGGUUUCCACACAAAGUCGAGACCAGUAUACUUCACUUGGGAGGCUCUGAUCUGGCGUUUCCUGCUUCAGUCCAAGAUGAAGUAAUCUGCAGCAAAACGUUCCAAAUUCUGUACAAGAGCGAAGAGAUUGUGGUCAAUGAUGUCCUCCUCUUCAAAGUGAUGAUGCUGCUGGAUGAGAAGAAGGUGGAAGAGUCCCUCAAUGACAUUGAUUUCCAGCUCUUCUUGGAUUUAUAUUUCACAGAUGGCGAUUACACGCCAGACGAUCCGAGCUCUCUGCAGAAUAUCAGUGGCCGCACACUUCGUUUGCACUUUAGCCUUCAGCGAGGCAUCCACCAACACGUCAAUGUCAUGUUUGACUACUUUCACCUGUCUGUCAUGUCCGUAGCCAUCCACGCCUCCCUAGUGGCUCUACAUCAGCCCCUUAUCAGUUUGCCCCGACCAGUGAAAAGCACGUGGCUCAACCGCAACGCUCCACCGCAGAGCAAAGACUCCGUCAUCCCGCCUCUGGAAAGUGUGGUGUUCGGUGGCAGUUAUGUCAAGCAAGUAUCAUCGGAUGGCAGGACAUUCCUGGUGUCUGACCACUGUCUGCAGCAUGCCUUCAGUCUGCACCAUAACCUCUGCUCCAAUCUCCUCCUGGCCUACCAGGGCCUGUUUGACUACUUCACCUCCAUUACCAAGGACCUGCCCUCCUCCCAUCGUAUGGAACUAGCCAAGCCCAGCAUGCAAGUCCUAUAUGAGCGAGUUCUCAGGAGACCCUAUCCCCGAAGUCAAAGGCACGUCUACAUAGAACAACUCGACUUGGACGCCCGUCUAGCGGAGUUAUGUGAACAUGUCAAGCAGAAAGCGGAGUCCCCUGAUGAGCUGGCAGAGCUGGUUAAUAUGAACCUGGCCCAGCUCUGCUCUCUGCUCAUGGCUCUCUGGGGACAAUUCCUAGAGGUAGUUUCCCUGCAGGAGCAUGUUGCUGCCCUACUAGCCAUGGAGCACCAUACGCUGAGGGUAAGGCGGUUUGCUGAGGCUUUCUUUUGUCUUGAACAUCCAAGACAAUCUGCACUAGCGUAUCAGGAACUACAUGCUUACAGUCACCAGCAGAUGACUAAUGCUAUCAAAAGCUCCAGCUAUUUCUUGUCUUUGCCUGCACUUCCAGUGGAAUGUGCAGACCUAGACGGUGACGUUAGCUCCCUGCCAAUCAUCUUUGAGGAUAGAUACCUAGAUUCCAUCACUGAAGAUCGCGACGGGCCCUGGCUGGGCGUGCACAACACAAGGACCGGCUCAGUGUCCAGCAAAACGGACAAGCCCAGCUCCAAGGAGUGCAGUGCAGCAGCAGCCAGCCCCGUACCCGAGUCUCAGUUUGCCUCUAUGGAAAACCCCUGGCCAGACAGCUAUGAUCCACCACCCAAGUCCAAAGGCAAGUCUGUGAAACUGAAGAAAAAUGCAAAGGCUGAGAACUCAAAGAAGCUGAUUAGCCCGGCCGCCAAAGACUCUGUGGUGUUGGUGGGCUAUAAGAACCUCAAAGCUCCUAAUGCUGACGCAAAGCACAUGGAAGGGGAAGCUCUCUCAAACCAAGAAGAGGAUCGAGGUGCAUUACAAAGCGACUCAAGUACUUAUUUACAGACUUAUGCAAAUUCGGUUUUCGACUCUGGUGCCACUUCGGCGCUCUGUGAAAACAGUGCUGUGGAGUCUGUUGCAGAUGACAAUGUUUGUUCUGCUGCUUGUCAAAGAGGUUCCUUUAAAAAACCUGCAAAUUCUGACGCACAGAAUAAUCCUCAGGCUGGUACUGGGAUUAUUGCUACAUGCAACCAGCCGCUUCGCCACGAGGACCAAGUUGACCAUGCCGGCCAAACGCUGCCGCAGUGGUCUGCUGGGCUGAAGCAAAUUGAGGUGAAACCAAGUCAAAAGGACCCUUACCAGGGGGACAAAGUCACCGUUCUGCUACCUUGUGAGACGGAUACGACCGUAAGCAGCAGCGUUGCCGGGAUCACCCAGACCGACGUCUGUGAAUCAAAGCAGUCUGUGGUGGACUCCAUUUUUGAAAGGCCCAGUGCAGAAGCGGCGCUGCGUAGCCAGUCCGGUCUGGUCCCUGCGCAGGCGAAGAGCGAUCUCAUCAGGCUGCCGGACGGAGGAGCCCCCGGUGCCUCGUCUCGACUCUCCGACUCUGGCAUCGAAAGUGAGCCCAGCUCUUUUGCCACUCAGCUGAUUCCAGGACUUCAGAGUUUCGGACGGCUAGACUUCGCUGAAUCCGCCGCCGCCGCCCCCCAUCCUGAGAAGCCCCCUCCGAGUGCUGCACUACGGCCACUUCUGCAAAGCUCGGCGCAGAAGCCCAGUGGAGCAGCAGAGAUUCUACACCAAGAAAACACCAGUGCUGUCAGCGGAGUGCAGUCUUCUCUCACCUCCAUCAACUCCUUGCCCUCAGACGAUGAGGGGGAAAGUUCCUCCAGGGGCUCCAGUGGAGCUGAACUCCGAGGCAGGAAGUCCAGUGUUUUGGUGCAGGAGCAGAGUCUGGUGUUCUCUGGGGAAAUCUCUCCGAGACCUGCAGGGAACUCCAACCUAAGAAAACCAUCCUCUGACGAGGAAACUGACUCCAAAUUAACUGGCGUUGUUGAUCUUGGGACUGUUAAAGAGCCCCGUAGUGACCCCCACACCGCCUGCCCUUCCAGCAACUCCGGCACCAGCAGCACCGACCUGGUGAAACGCGGGAUGGUAGAGAACUACUUUGGCUCGUGCUCUAGCGCCGACGUGUCCGAGAUCAGCCCCGUGGAAACGUCCGCCAUCACCCUGGGAAGCCAGGAGGGACCCCGGGCCGACGAUGAGGACGAAGACGAGCCUGAGCAUGAGAUGAUCGAGAACGGCUUCUACGAGGAAGGGGAUGGCUUCGCCUUCGCCAACGGCGUCGCCGACGAGGAGCGUGGCGGCGCCGCUUCGGAUGCGGGUCUUCUGUUCGAGCAGCUUGGUAUCGGUUACCCCCACGAGACAAAGGACCUAUCCAAAGCUCCCAUCUGCUCCAACCGAGCCUCCGGCGGCGCGGGGCACAGCUCGGGCAGAGCUCCCCGUCCCGCCUCCUCCUGUUCCUCCAGCCUGCCGUGGUAUGAGUGCGCAUCCACGCCACAAACGAAAGCGUUCGUUAAGGCAAAGGAGGAAAUGAAACAGUUAAAGCUGCCGGGCUUCUUGUACAGUGAAGUAUCUGAGCUGGCGUCCACGGUGCCCUACUUCAGCUUGGAGGAAGAUGAAACUUGUGAGGAAGGCAUCCAUCUAAUAGUCUGCGUCCACGGCCUGGACGGUAACAGUGCCGACCUGAGACUGGUGAAGACUUACCUGGAGCUGGGACUGCCUGGUGCUCGCAUAGACUUUCUGAUGUCAGAGAGGAACCAGAAUGAUACUUUUGCUGAUUUUGAGUCAAUGACGGACCGACUGCUGGAUGAAAUAGUCCAGUAUAUUCAGAUAUACAACCUCACAGUGUCAAAGAUAAGCUUUGUGGGUCAUUCUUUGGGGAACCUCAUUGUUCGCUCAGUGCUGACAAGGCCCAGGUUUAAAUGUUACCUGAGCAGGCUGCACACCUUCCUGUCCCUUUCUGGACCUCACCUGGGAACAUUGUACAACAGCUCUGCUCUGGUCAACACAGGCCUUUGGUUCAUGCAAAAGUGGAAAAAGUCCGGGUCACUCCUUCAGCUUACUUGCCGCGAUAACUCUGAUCCUCGCCAAACUUUCCUCUACAAACUCAGCAAAAAAUCUGGUCUGCAGUUUUUCAGGAAUGUGGUACUGGUCGGGUCACUGCAGGAUCGUUAUGUCCCCUAUCAUUCCGCUCGAAUAGAAAUGUGCAAAACUGCAUUAAAGGACAAACAAACAGGUCCUGUGUAUGCCGAGAUGAUUGAGAACCUGCUGCUGCCGGUGCUUCAGAACAAAGACUGUAAUCUGGUGCGAUUCGAUGUAAUCCACGCCCUACCCAACACAGCCAACUCCCUGAUCGGCCGGGCCGCCCACAUCGCCGUGCUCGAUUCUGAGAUCUUCCUGGAGAAGUUCUUCCUAGUUGCGGGCCUCAAGUUCUUUCAGUAGAACUGUGGCAGGAUCAAACACUGUUGGACAAGAGGAACAUGGAGCUAAUACCUCACUUCAGCUAAUUGAUUAUCGUAUAUGGAAAUCAUCUUUGUUUUUUUUUGUUGUUUUUUUAAAUACAUAUAAUCAGUUUUUAAAAACAUGAGCAAAGUCACAACUUUCUUUCUCAUUUCAUGAUGUUUAUAUUGGAAUCACAGCAGAUAUGGACAUUUUUAUUUUUUCUACUCUAAUCUUUUAAAUGUUUUUUCUGUGUUUUGGAAGCCCCACUCCCUCCUCCCCCAACCAUAUGCUAUAUUUUCAGUGGUAUUUAUGUAUUAUGUUUGUACUUAUUCAAUUCAUUUUAGAUGCUGAACUGGAAAUGUAGCUGCUAUACAAAUGGCUGUUUUGGUGAGCUGGCCCAAAUCUCUGCACAUUAUGUCCUCAUCCUAACAAAUGUUUUUCACUGAUUUUAAGAAAUACUGCAUUGAUAUGCAUCACAACUACAUUUUAGAAGCUUUUGUACAGAGAAUGGUCAUUUGUACAAGUUACUUUUUGUAUCAACAAUUUUCCAUCAUUUUUAAUGACAGAUCGCAUUGGAAAUAGGAUUGUUGCUCAGACUUUGCGGCCCUUGCUUUGGUCUUAGUACUUGCUGUUCUUUGCCAUUGCAGAAUUCUGUGCAAUAUUCAUCCAACCUGGUGUUGGGAGAAUAAAGCUUCACCUACAGCAUAAAACUGUUUUAAUACAGGGGUUAAGCAAUGAUCACCGUUCAGCAAAAGCACAUAUUGGUUAUAUGAACUUAUUUUAUUGAAAGUAUUUGGUUGACAUUAGUGGAAAGUAUUGCUUGGAAUUAAAAAAAAUAUUUCUUGGAAAAUUGUUUAUAUAUCAUCGUAUUCUACCAUUAAAUAAGCAUAUUAUAAAGUUGGUCAAGUUACUUUUCUUUCUUACAUUCUUGUCAUUAUUUAGAUUAUUUGUUUCAAUUGAUCAAAGGGCCCUGCAGAUGGCAGUGGCAUCACAGUAACGUGUUCUUUUAAAGGCCAACAAUAAAAGUGGGAAUUGGU